CCGGCCACCGCCGCCUCCUCCUCCUCCUCCUCCUCUUCCUCCUCUUCCGAUAUGGCGGCCACAGCGGAGCUCAGCGGUCUGAGUGACGAGGCGGCCUAUGGUGCCUGCUCGGAGCCGGAUGCCAGCACGAAGGAUUUUAUGUUUCAGCAGACAAUGCUAAGAGUGAAGGAUCCUAAGAAGUCAUUGGAUUUUUAUACAAGAGUUCUUGGAAUGACACUGCUUCAAAAAUUUGACUUUCCUACCAUGAAGUUCUCACUCUACUUCCUGGCAUAUGAAGAUAAAAAUGAUAUCCCAAAAGAUAAAGCAGAGAGAACACCUUGGACCUUCUCUAGAAAAGCUACGCUUGAACUGACACACAACUGGGGCACUGAAAAUGAUGAUAAUCAGUCUUACCACAAUGGCAAUUCAGAUCCCCGAGGAUUUGGCCACAUUGGAAUUGCUGUCCCUGAUGUCUAUAAAGCUUGUAAGAGGUUUGAAGAACUAGGAGUGAAAUUUGUGAAGAAACCAGAUGAUGGUAAAAUGAAAGGACUUGCGUUUGUUCAGGAUCCUGAUGGCUACUGGAUUGAAAUUUUGAAUCCUAACCACAUGGUGACUCUCACUUAGUUCUAAUGAAGUAAAUUAUAUAGGAAAUGCACACUUUCAGGCCUCUAAAGAAGAUCUGUAACAGCGUUAGUGAAAUUCUCGCUUAAUAGAGAGUAAUCAGUCAUGUUCAGAGUUUCCUCUAAAACUAUCCCCUGGGACCUCAGUGUACUUGAAUUCCUUUUUGUUGUCCUGUGAUGCUACUACAAUUUGCUUCUGAUUAGGAAUACUCAACCAUCUUUUGGAAGAGCAUGUACACAGAUUCUCCUCUAGAACACUGAUUACGUUAAUAUUUCAAUAAACACUCUCAAAAGAUAUGUGACCAGAAAUUCACUGCAUCUCACACUGUUUAGAUUAAAACUAACAAGAACAACAACAACAAAAUCCUGUGUUACUAGUGAUGAUUUUCAACAGGGAUGAAAAAAAACUUUUUUUAUGAAGUCAAAGGAUCCUAAGGGCUUCAUGCUCUAUCUUAUAUACUAGAAAAUAAAAUGUCAGACUAACUUUGAGUUGAGUAGUAGCAUGUUUAUGAAAGUCCUCAUGCUAUGCCAAGCAAAACUCUUUAAGCCUUAAACAGCCUGGAACAAGAAACUUUGUGGAGGCAAUAAAUCAGUGCAGCAGAAAGAAUUCAGUCUUUCAGCUUCUGGCUGCUGAAUGACAGCCAAGAUAAGAGGUCUCAUAGUUGCUAACUCACAGUGAUCCUUCUUGUCUCUUCCAACACUAGAAAGAACUUGCUUAUAAUUUUUCUGUCAAGGAAAGUCUGGGGCUAUAUUUAACUUAAAUGCUCUGUAUGUUCUGCUGCAUUAGGAAUUUAAUGAAAAAGAGUAUUUGAAACAACAGCUUCCUACUAGUAGAUGUUUUGAUUUGCCCUCUCAGAAUGAGUGAUGGUUAUUGAAAUGAUACCUGUAAAUAGCAGGAAAACAUGUAACAUUUACAUAUGUUACAUAUUUGAUUUUUAUGCUGUUCCACCUGUUGUAAGUGGUGCAAAACAUGUCAGGUUUUUAAACCCUGUUUUUCCUUCCAACAAGGAGAAAACCCUCUGCCCUUUCUGUGGUUCAAGUAGCACUAAACUGAAGACUUAGUAGGAGUUAGGUGACUAUCGGAUAGUGUAAUAGCAUUGCAGUUUGUUUCCAAAUAAAGCAUUGGUGCAAACUACAAAAUAAUUUUAAAGCAGUAUGAUCUGUUCCUUUGCUAAUUGUUGAAUCCUAGGAUUACUGAGAAGAAAUAUGGUGAUAAAAGAUAGAAUAGGAAUUGGGAGUACAGUACUGAAGAAGAGAACUGGCUUGAUUAGCAGGAUGUUAUAGUAACUUAAUGUGCAGAGUUAAUAAUAACUGCCAAUAACUCUGUCUUAUAAGUUAAAACAGAAAUGUAGGCAGUAUUGCAUUGGAUCUUACUACACUAAUGUAGAUGUUAAUGACUUAAAUGCUAAGUGUUACUCUCCUAUCUCCUUAUCUGAAAAAUCCUUAAUUUUGUUUGCCUCAUCUUAAGAAGAUAGCAUAUAUAAACUCAGUAAUUUUACAGCACUCCACAUGAACAACCGUUCAUUUAACUUAAUCCAAGAUACUUUGUUUACCCUUGAAGCAUAUAAUCUAUUUUACUAAUUUCCAUCUAAGCCUUAGGCAUUGGAGAAAGGAUUGUGAUAACUAUUGCACUGCUUAAUACCCCCUACAGAUGUGCAAGCAAUCAUAAAUUCAUUGGAAGGUAGACAUAAUAACUUAAAAGAUAACUUUUUCUUCAAUUUUUUGUUAUAUGACGCAACCCUGAUAUUUUUAAUUGUCAUUUUUAUGACAUUUUCUGGCUGUUCUCUACAGUAUCUACCAAUGCUGUACUUUAGGUGGUGCCUUAUGAGCAUCAUUCAUAUAGAAGAUUCUUUCCAUUCUUGAAUAUUUGCCAAGUUACCUUUUUUUUUUUUCCUGCAACAAUAAACACUUGGUUCGUG